GCUUAGGGGAGGGGUAGGUACGCAGUUGUCAUAUACUGACAGAGAUAUGCAAACGACGUCAGGCCUGUCGUGACAUUAUGCUUGUUCUUAUACGACGUACACAGAUCUUAAGUGAAAAGCAAGAUGGCGCAAAAUUGUACGGAGUUUCUGUAACGUCGUUUUUGUUAAUAAUAACCGAAAUUUUAGCUUCUUCAACCAUUUUGAGAUCAUGAGGACCUUGUUAACUUCAAGAUUUUUUCUAAGAAAUGAUUGUUUAGCCUUGCGGUGGAGGAGAAAUGUACCACCUUUAGUACAGCAGACAAAAUUCACUGUGACAACUUGGAGUCCAUUAGCUACAGCUUUUAAUUCUCCCCACCCUAAACAGGACCGGUGUUUAGAGCCAACUGGUCUUUUUAGUGUACAAGAGUUGACUAGUUCGUCUGGAUUUUUAGUUCUAAAAAAUCGAGCCUUGUCAGAAGGUGUUAAAAUUGUUAACGAGGUGUUGGAGUCAAACCCAACCCCCCGGUUAGUGGGGCUGUUUGAUAAGCUGUCUGAUACUCUGUGUGCCGCGGCUGAUUUGGCAGAAUUUGUGAGAUUGACACAUCCAGAUGAUCAGGUUAGAGGAGCAGCAGAAGACACUUCGAGGGGCAUAAGUGGCUAUGUGGAAGAGCUUAACACCAAUCCUGGUCUUUACCAUGCAUUGAGGAAGCUUCUCUCCACUGACACACAUCAGAUGAAUGAGGAAACAAGAAGAGUUGGGGAGUUAUUUUUAUUUGAUUUUGAACAGAGUGGUAUUCACCUAGAGGAAGUGAAACGCAGGCAUUUUGUUGAGCUUCAGGAGGCUUUGUUAGUUAUUGGUGCACAGUUCUCUCAUGCAGCAGCAUCUCCUGUUCAAGUUCCAAUCUCCCAUUUGCCAUUGGGUGAUGAACUUGCUCGUAUCUACCCAGUGGAUGGUGAUCAUGUCUUUAUAGACUCUGCAUUUCUGGACUCUAAUAAUGAGAAGUUACGUGAAUUGGCAUAUUUGACCUGCUUGAAGCCAGUAGAAUCACAAUGCAAAACUCUGGAUUUACUUCUUACCUUGCGCCAUCAACUUGCUCAGCUGGUAAACUAUCCAAGCUAUUCUCAUCGUGCAUUAACUGGAACAAUGGCAAAAUCUCCAGAAAAUGUCAUGGACUUUUUAAAACAAGCUGCAAAUGUACUUCUCAAACCAGCACAUACGGAAAUGCAAUUAUUGACCAGGUUGAAGAGAGAGAUGACGAAAGAUCAAAACUUAAAGGAAAUCAUGCCAUGGGAUCUGCACUACUACUCAGGUAUAGCUAAAUAUCAAUCAGCAAAGAUAAACAGUUCAUCUAUAUCAGCAUACUUUCCACUUGGAGCUUGCAUGGAUGGGUUGGAUUUGUUAUUCAGGGCUCUGUUUGGAAUAACAUUAGAGGCUCAGGAACCAGCUGAGGGAGAAUUGUGGUCUUCUGAUGUCCAAAAAUUGGGUGUGGUACAUGAGACAGAGGGACUCCUGGGUUACAUCUAUUGUGACUUCUUCAACAGAGCAGAGAAAUUACAGCAAGAUUCACACUUUACUAUAAGAGGUAUGAUACAUGUAGAAAUACGAUGACUUUAGCAAACGCAUCCUAGAUUUUUAAGAUUUAGUUACUUAACCAGUGGUUUCUGAAAUACAUGAAGAAAUGACAUGAGUGACUGUUUACAAUGGUAACAAACGAUGUAAAUUAAAAUUGAACAAAGAAAGGACAGUGAGAACAGGGCUUUCAAUAAGAUUUGAAGUAGGCAUCUGCCCAUAUAAUAGUAGGUGGCUGUGACUAUUUAAGUAGCUGAAGGCCACCUUUUCUAGGGGGGUCUGGGGGCAUGCUCCCCCAGAAAAUUUUGAAAUUUAGAAGCUCAGAAAUGUGAUUUCCAGCAUUCCUGGCAUGAGAAAGUAAAGUUAAUGAUGCAUACCAUUAACCCUUUAAUUGGCAGAUUUCUGUGUGUUUUUCAAGAGCUUUUGUGAACAUGUAAUGUAAUUGAGUUUGGUAGGAGUGCUUGCCAUGUGACUUACCAAGGCCCAAGCUGUAACCCCACCCUUAAAUUUACACCGAAAAUGGCUGAGCAUUCCUUAAUCAGUUGCGAUCCGUCGCAGUACAGAAAUCGUGUUGAUAUAUACUUUAUUCCAAAAUUCUCAAGGCAAGAGUGUGCUAUAUUUUAUCAGAUUUAUUUCAACUGAAAAAUGGGUAGGCUGUAAAAAUUUUAAGAGUUAUAUUUUUGAAGUAUUUGCUGACAAACAUGGCCAAGUAGCCGGUGACUCGAUGACUCGCAGCCGCCAGAGCUCUGGCGGUAGCCGGCUUCUAAUGAAAGCCCUGCAAGAAGAUACCUGGCAGUUGGGAUACUUAUACAAAGUGACUUACAGAUACUCUAAAAAUCUGACUCAUUAUUGACUGGUGAAGAAACUUAAAUGCUAAUGUUGCCCAGAGAUUGGAAACUAGGAAACUGUUGAAAGACAUGGCAACAAUUCCCUCUCAUAAGUCUUUGAUUUCUUGUAGGUAGCUUAGAGUCCAGCUGUGUCUAUAUUGUGACUUUAUUAAAGUUUGUUUCCAUCUUGUAUUUCUCAAUAUCUGUGCUCAAGAAAUUUUGCUAAAUUAUUACUUUCAAGGCUUUCCAAGCUUUAUCUGUUUAAUGUAGAAAAGUGUGAGCUCGGAAUGAUAAAUCAGAAUAUUUUGGCUGACAACAUAGCUAACACACUGACAGCAAGAAGUACGCCAUACAUGUAUAUCUACUUCUGUUAGCUAAACUUGUGUUAAGCUGUUAAGCACAUCUCAUUCUUUAAAGUGACUGCAAAGAAGCAGUGCAUCUGAUCCUUGAUGACUCCUUCACUGGAAGAGGGUCUUUUAGGAAAUUACUGGUACUAAUUAAUUAUUUCUUCAUAUAAUUGCAAAAUAAUUUUUUUGUUUUAUGAAGAAAUGACCACAGUGAGCUAAAGUUUUGCUUUCGUGUUGUAUCUGUGAAAGUUUAUUGUACUUAGUGCAUUGGUAUUGUCUUUAUCUCACUUCUAGGUGGCCGAGAACUUGUUGAUGGAUCCUACCAGCUUCCCAUUGUUGUUGUGGUGUGCAACUUUCCUUCUCCUGGGGUGUCUUCCCCUCCACUUCUCAGUCAUAGCAUGGUAGAAAACUUGUUUCAUGAAAUGGGUCAUGCAAUGCAUUCCAUGCUGGCCCGCACUCAGUAUCAACAUGUCACAGGUACCAGGUGUUCUACAGACUUUGCUGAGGUUCCUUCAGUACUCAUGGAGUACUUUGCAUGGGACCCAAGAGUGUUAGUGAAGUUUGCCCGUCAUCAUAAAACUGGGCAAAGCCUGCCAGAGGAAUUUGCACGGCGCCUCUGUCAAGGACGGACAAUGUUUGGAGCUUUGGAGAUGCAGCGGCAGGUUCUCUAUGCAAUGAUUGAUCAGAUUUAUCACAGUAAGCACCCAUUAGGUGGAUCUACUACAGAUAUUCUGGCACAAGUUCAAGAGAAGUACACGCUGAUACCACAUGCACCAGGUAGGUUGUGUGUGUGUAGGUUUUAAUAAUGGACUCUAGUGGCUUUCAUUGUUAGCAAUAAUCCCAAUACUUUAAUUUCCAAUUGAAACUUUGCUGUGAGUGGUCCAAGUUAGACACAAUCUGUGGUUCUUUUGUUGAUAUCUCUCCAUAUGCAUACAACUGGGUGAAUACAUUAAGCAACUGACUCAGCAUGAGCCAGCAUUUUGGACAUUGUAACUGCCCUUUGUCAAGACUUUUUAAUAAGAUGGUAAUUGCACUGUAAGGUUGUGCAGCUGGCAAAGUACUGUACAUUAUGGCAGGAUAACCCAAAAUUUGUUAUCAGUUGUGAGAAAACCUCCAUUGAUUGUGAUCUUUUCUAAGGCAAGUUGAAAAUUUUCAAAUUGCUAAAUGAGCCAGGAGGCCUAUCCUGCUUCCAGUAACAAUUGACAAUUAAUUGGAAAUCCUGUGGUACUACUAAGUGAAAAGAAGCAGAGUUAGAAUGAGGUGUCUUGCCAAAGAACACAGCACAGUGACACCUGCCUGGGCUAAAUAUGAACAUCUUGAUCCAGUCCACUACUCUAACCACCAGGUCACAAUUUUUUCUCUUAACCCUUCUCACCAUAACAGAAUAAUAUAUAUUCUCCACACUCUUCUCUUUACAUUUGUUUCAGUUGUGACAAUGAGAAUUAGUCUAACAAUCAAAGCUUCUUAUAUUAUUGGCAAUCUUUUCCUUUAUUCUCAUGAUUGUGUAGUAUUACUGUAGGGACAAAUUAGUUACUAGUCACUCUAAGGUUUAAAUGGUUAAGCCACAAAAGGUGUUGGUUAAGUCAAAUCGUAGAUUUCUCUUUUAAAAUAUUCCAGGAGUAGUACAUUAGCUGGGCAAAGAAUACACUUUAUUACAUUCAAAGGCUGAGUACUCUACCAGAAAUCUGCCCAAAAGUGUCCACUGUCUCCUUUUGGCUGACACCAACCUGAGAAGGUUCCGAUUCUCAAGUUCAUUUCUGGUACAUGAUCCUCCUUUUGAAUCAUAUAAUUUUAGGGACAGCUUGGCAACAGAGGUUCAGCCAUCUCAAUGGUUAUGGAGCAAAGUAUUAUUCAUACUUGUGGUCCAGAGCUGUAGCAUCACGUAUCUGGCAUCAGUGCUUUGCCAAUGAUCCUUUUUCACGAGAAAUGGGUGAAAGAUAUCGUCACACUAUGCUGGCUUAUGGAGGUGGAAGAGAACCAAAUUGCCUUGUUGAGGACAUGCUGGAGAAGAAAUUUACCACUAGUGACCUAGUGCAGUCAUUGCUGGAUGAUAUGAAAUCCUCAAAUCCAUUUUUUCAAUCUUAACUUUAUGUGAAGUUUGAACUAUUUUUGUCACAGCUAAGAGUUGCUAUCAGUUGUAGCUAUCAGACUAGGAUGGCAAGGUUGUGAUGGCCUGUGCUAAAACCUGGAAAACCAGAACAUGCUGGAACAUGCCAGAACAUCCAACAAUGUGCCAGAACAUGCUGGAACAGCGGAACAUGCUGGAACAUUGUGGAAUUUCAAAAAAAUAAGAAUAAACAUAAAAAUUUGAUAAAAAUAGUUUUAAAAAACGUCAAAAACUUCAGUCUUUGAUAAUCUUUCUGUCUUUUGUUUUCAUUGUGACAAUUGCCAGGCAGUGAUAAUUGCCUGACAGCUGGGCAUGGUCUCAAAUAGACUAAAUGCCCUGCAGUCAGAAAUUUUCCCAAAAGGUUCUUUCAAACUUCUUGAGAAUAUCAAAUGUUUGUUUAAGAAUGUCAAGCCAUUCCAAAAAUUAGUUUGCUGUUCUAGUGGAUAAAUGUUCUGAGCUUGUGCAUACCGUAAUAUUGCAUGGUUGUUGACACCCAGAAUUCUACACUUCUGGUCAGACAGCCAGGCAUGGUCUCAAAUGGACUUAAGGUCCAGCAGUCAGAAAUUUUUACUACCAAACCAGGUUUUAACUGCUAUGUAUGUCACAUCUUUGUAUCUUCAAAAUUUUCCAAAUUGCCCUCGUCGCUUCGUGACUCGGGCAAUUUUGGAAAAUUUUGAAAACUCUCGUGCAAUUAAUCCUUAAUAGUACUUGGCCUCAUGUGAUUACAUAUACAAAUUGCACUCGAAAUCAUUUGAUUACCUCUAC